UCGGACUUUGGACAAAGUGGGAUAGAGACUUUUUUUUUUUUUUUUUUUUUCCUACUAGUACACUUUACGGGUCUUCUUUCUCCUAGCUGCUUUUAUUUUCGGAGUCCUCCCAACAACUUUAUACGUCAAAGAACUAUUCUCAAUACCUUAUAUUAUUCUUCCUUUCAUUCAUGAGAAAAGGAGAAAAAAAAGAAAAAAAAGCUUUCUUUUCUUAGUUUUGACCAGAAUAUAUUUAUGCUUUAACUUUGCUUAAACCUUGUUUGGAUCUAAACUAUGAAAUGUAUAGUUUAUGCAUCAUUGUUUAGAGUCCUUUGCCUCAUCUAAAAUGGCAAGGCACAUGUUUUUAAAACAUCACUUUUUAAUUCUAUAUUUUCACAAUAAUCAAAAUAAGUAAAAUGUAUUUGCCUCAUUCAAAUACACACUAAAAUGUAUUGGAAGUAACCAAACAUUCACACCAUUAUUAAGAUGGUGAAAUCAGAAGAGAGCAUUUUUUGUUUGAACUUAAACUGUAGUCAUUGUCAUUUGUACUUGUUUUCACAAAAAUACAAUGAUUCAAACACACAUCUUCAAGUAAUGGAAGUAAUAGUAUGACUCACACCAUUGUUAAGGCUCUGAAAUCAAAAGAGAUCAUUUUUUGUUUGAACUUAAACUUUAGUCAUUGUCAUUUGUACUAGUUUUCACAAAAAUACAAUGAUAAAAUAGUUUUCUUCCUCUUAUAUCACAAUGGUGAUUAAUAAGUUAUAGUUUGAAUUUGAAAUUUAUGUUUGUGAGCCUCGUUCUCUUUUAUUUAAUUCUGAAAAUGGUGUUUAUUAUAAGUGUUACGUAGGCUUGCUUACCACACCAAGCAAGAAUUCUUAGGGGGAACUAUUGUCAAGGCUACCUCUCACCAAUGAAGAAAAGAUUAGACAAAAGAAAAGAAAUCAUGAAAAACCUGAUCAAAUCCUAAUCCGCCUUCCUAUAAAUGCCAAGAGAAAUAGGGUGAGACUAGACUCAAGGUAUACAAAAGGAUGGAUUUGCUAAACGACUCAUCUGAUUCCCAACACCAGGACAAUGAGUUCGACCUGAGCGACGACAUUGUACUUGCGGCAUAUAUGGCAGGGUGUUCAUGUGCAUUUUACGUGGAGACCUAUAUGACUAAAAUACCAUUGCAUACGAAUAUACAAAGUGGGUACGACUGGGUACAGUAUACAUUAACUGGAAAUGAGGAGAAAUGUCGAAGAAAUUUUAGAAUGUCAAGCCAUGUUUUUGGACAACUAUGUAAUACAUUGCGCCAGUAUGGAUAUAACGGUACCAGAAGAAUUUGCUUGGAAGAGUCUUUGGCAAUGACAUUGGUGGUACUUGGUCAUGCCGAGGGUAAUAGAUGGGUACAAGAAAGAUUUCAGCACUCGGGUGAGACAGUGCAUCGACACGUGAAGACGGUAGUUAAAUUGUUAGCCACCGUAAUGGCACCAGACAUUAUCAAGCCUGCUGAUCGUACAUUUCAGGACGUGCCAGAACAUAUUCAGCAUUCAAGUCGAUAUUGGCCACACUUUAAGGGUUGCAUUGGUGCAAUUGAUGGGGUCCACAUCCCCGUGAUCAUACCAGAUGAAGAGCAACACCCGUACUAUAACAGGAAGGGGAUCAUCACAACAAAUUGCAUGUGUGCGUGUGACUUUGACAUGAAGUUCACAUUCGCAUGUGUAGGGUGGGAAGGGUCAGCGCAUGACACGAGGAUUUUUUUAAGCUGUCUCAAUAAUGAGAGCGACAACUUUCCAAAAGCUCCAGCUGGAAAGUAUUAUCUUGUUGAUUCAGGGUACCCUAUGAGGAAAGGGUUCCUUGCACCAUAUAAGGGGGAGAGGUACCACAUCCCCGAAUUUCAGCCUAAUGAAGUGUUGCAUCGUCUAGAGGAGAGAUAUAAUUAUCUCCAUUCGUCACUCCGUUCGGUCAUAGAACGAACUUUUGGAGUUUGGAAGAAUAAAUGGAAAAUUUUGAGAAAUAUGCCAGGGAAGAGUAUACAAAGUCAAUCGAAAAUCAUUGUUGCUACAAUGGUUCUUCACAAUUUCGUUAGAGCACAUGAGAUAAAUGAUAAUGUUAACAGUUCCAGAUAUACAAGGGGCACAUCUGGACAUAGUGAAAGAGGUCAUUACGAUGCCGAGGCACAUGCAAUCUCAAUCUUGGACGAACCUCAGAUGAAACAAGUUCGUGACAAUAUCACAGCAUCGAUAUGUGUAGACCAUAACUGAGUAUGGUGACUAUUAUUUUUGUCACAAUGGAAAUUUAGUAUGGUUGAAAAUACCAUUGAUAUUAUGGAAAUUUUGUUUUGUGGGGACCAAAGUGGACAGUUCACAAACUUCAAUAUUGUAUUACCAUUUUUUGUUAUAUUGUUGGUAAGCACAACUGGGCUCACAAAACUUGA